CUCAGAAGUAGCAGAGAUAAAAGGAGAAAGCAAGAAAUAAUUCAAAUGCAGAAGGCAAUUCAAGUCCCUGCAGCAAUUCUCAAUAGUGUUAUAUAUAGAAAUCAGAUCCGUCAUUGUUUUCGAGCCUGCUAAAUAAAACUGGACUGCUGGAAUGGCAUGCCACUUGACCUCUCAGGACUACCACAGCAGUAUUUAACUAGUGCAAAGGGAGCAAGCACUCUUGCAAGUGUCUCCUGCUUACAUGCCAGAUUCCCCUGACAGUUCCCACAAUGUUCAAAAGGCACAAGUCCCUGGAACGCAAGAGGGAAUUAUUAUUCCAGGGACUUCCACAGUCCACAAUGAAGAACAAUACAAGAAAUUUCCACUCUCUGUCACAACUUGUGCUCUCAGCAGGCCAGCUGAAAACAGCUCGAGCAGUCAAACUUUCAAAAACAACUCACUUUGAGAUUGAAAUACUGGAUGCUCAUACAAGAAAACAGAUAUGUGUUGUGGAUAAGGUAACUCAAACUUCAACUAUUCAUGAUGUCAAACAAAAGUUUCACAAAGCAUGUCCAAAGUGGUAUCCUUCCAGAGUUGGCCUACAAUUAGAAUAUGGUGGCCCUUUUUUGAAAGACUACAUCACUGUUCAAAGUGUUGCAGCUUCGUCAAUUAUCACACUCUAUUUUACAGACUUAGGUCAACAAGUCAGUUGGACCACAGUCUUUUUGGCUGAGUUCUCGGGACCUCUACUAAUAUACCUUCUUUUCUACUUGAGGAGCUCAUACAUAUAUGACGUGAAGGAGAGCUCUCGGCGGCCUCGACACCCUGUGGUACACUUGGCUUGCUUCUGCCAUUGCAUCCACUACAUCCGACACCUUCUGGAAACUUUAUUUGUCCAUAAAGUUUCUUCAGGACACAGUCCUACGAAAAACUUGAUAAAGGGAUGUGCAUUUUACUGGGGAUUCACUUCUUGGAUUGCAUAUUAUAUUAAUCACCCAAGAUAUACACCACCUUCAUUUGGAAACAGACAAAUAACAAUAUCUGCUAUCAGCUUUCUGAUUUGUGAAGCUGGAAAUCAUUUCAUCAAUACAGUGUUGGCUCAUCCCAGUCACACAGGGAGCAAUGCCUGUUUUCCAAGUGCAAAUUAUAACCCCUUUACAUGGUUAUUUUUCCUGGUUUCCUGUCCCAACUACACAUAUGAGAUUGGAUCCUGGAUUAGUUUCACAGUCAUGACACAAACACUUCCAGUUGGUAUUUUUACAAUUUUAAUGAGCAUCCAGAUGUCUAUGUGGGCACGAAAGAAGCAUAAGAUAUAUCAGAAGAAAUUCAACUCAUAUGUGCAUAGGAAAUCAGCAAUAAUUCCAUUCAUAUUAUAAGAAAAUGUAGCUAUUCUCAUCUGAGCAAGAAAGGCAACAUAGGAAUUCAAUAAUAAAGACUUAGAAAAAGAUGACCAGCUAUUAUGAUACAACCAUUGAUUGCAACAAUAUUUUUAAUAAAAGAAAAUAGUGAUGAAAUUUAGCUAAAUUUACAUUAUGAGCUAGAGGUAAUCAACAGGAGGAAUUAAACUAGGCAUAAUGAGUCAUGCUGAAUAAAAGCACACUUAAACUUGAACCAGGAGGUCUGCCAUGAGUGUGAAAUCAUAUUAGAUUAUGAUGGAGAGCCCAUCUUACACUUAAAAAUGAGAGGACUAAAAGCAGAAGUUAUCAAUAUAAAGAUUAAAAAUAGCAUUGA